AUCGUAUCUAGCGAACGCUUCUCAUAGGUUCCUGAAUAUCAAUAUUCAGCAAGAGAAGCAGUGUACUACCGGAUCCAGAAAUACCGCAAGAGGGAAAAAGGGAGGGGAAAUUAUGACCAAGGUGAUCCUUUCCAUCAAUGCGGGGUCGAGCUCCGUCAAGAUCUCCGUGUACACGGCUGAGCACCGCGAGCCCCCGAAGCAGCUUGCCGAAGCCCAGAUUAGCGGGUUGACGGCGCCACCGGCGCAGCUCUCGUACUCGCGAGGCCAUCUACAGGUUCUUGACCACCAGGAGGUAAAAGAAAACGUCAAAGGCCAGGAUGACGCUUUCAGAAUCCUGCUCGAUACCUUCACCGGCGACCAGGAACUGCCCGAAUUAUCUGCCAAGGGCGACGUAUCGGUUGCUUGUCACCGGGUUGUCCACGGAGGCGACUACAAAACUUCUAAGAUUAUCACGCAAGAGACAUACCACCGCCUAGAGCGGCUAACAGACCUGGCACCGCUUCAUAAUGCCAACUCGCUGCGCAUCAUCAAGUCAUGCAUGGGCGAACUGCCCAGCGCCCUCAAUGUCGCCUGCUUCGACUCGCAGUUCCACUCGACGCUACCCGCGCACAUCUGCACCUAUCCGAUCGACCAGGAGAUCGCUAAGAACAACCAGCUGCGCAAAUACGGCUUCCACGGCAUCAGCUACUCCUUCAUCACCCACUCCGUCGCCAAGUACCUCGGCAAGGACCCGGCGGACCUCAACAUCAUCGCCCUGCACCUGGGUAGCGGCGCCAGCGCGUGCGCCAUCAAGGGCGGCCGCAGCUGGGACACGAGCAUGGGCUUAACGCCGCUGGCGGGUCUUCCGGGAGCGACGCGCAGCGGCAGCGUGGACCCGAGCCUGGUGUUCCACUACGCGAGCGAUGUGGGUAAACUGUCGCCGUCGUCGACCAAGGAGCUGCACAUCUCGGUGGCCGAGGAGAUUCUCAACAAGCAGAGCGGGUGGAAGGCCCUGACGGGCACCACCAACUUCGGCAAGAUCGCGACCUCGGACCGGCCCGAGUGCCGACUGGCCUUCGACCUGUUCGCGGACCGCGUGAGUGCUUUCGUCGGCUCAUACUACGUAUCCCUAGCCGGCAAGGUGGACGCGCUGGUCUUCGCGGGCGGUAUCGGCGAGAGGAGCGAUAAGCUGCGCGCGGCCGUCGCAGGGCAGGCAGCGUGCCUUGGUUUCGGGAUCGACCCCACGCUCAACACAACCAAGAUCUCGAAUGUCGUGCAGGACGUAGGCGCCAAGAACGCCAGGCACCGGACGCUCGUGUGCCGCACAGACGAGCAGUACGAGAUGGCAAGGGAGUGCGCCGACAACGACGAGCUGUGGUGAGGCACGUGAUAGCUAGCUAUCUAUUUUCAUACACAGACAUUACAUGCAUUGCAUAUUAGGGAGCCAUACGAGGGAUGAUUUUGGGAACAAUCUGGGGUAAUGUAAUAAGGGAAAUAACAUGUCAACUUAAAAGAAAGGGGUAUAUCCAGCUAUAGAAAUGAUCGAUGAAUCUUCAUGCCGUUUUUUUUUAACCUUGCUGUUGACCUGCGACGAUUAUGACACGAAACACCCUGUUCUCCAUCCGGGCUCGGAUUCCGAUUCCGAGCCCGAGCGCGUUUUAGGGAGACAUGUGGCCCGCCCACGUAGGUAGGUACCUAAGGUAGUCAGCAACCGGGGGGAAGAGAACAAGGGUCGGAACACAAGCGAGUGAGGCGAGGCGGGAUGUGAAGCUAUUCCCGCGAGCGCGACGAAUAAUUUGCUCAAAUCUCG